GCCGUGGUAAAAACAAUACACAAAUACCAGCCAGCGCGACACCAAAGCACAGAGCCCCUUAACUAGGUCAUUUACCACUAGUGUACUGGGAAUACACAUUUACAGUCGUCAAUGGGUGGUACUUGGCGGUAAGCAGCGUACUGGGGCGGUAAGCAUGCCCCAGCUCUGCCCCAAGCCCAAAAACACUCGCUUCUGAAAACAGGCACGCCCCCUACUGCUUCAAGUAACCAUCUCGACUUCAACCCUUUUGUUCAGUGACAUCUGUGUCCCAAUCCUCCCGUUUCGUCGUUCUCCCAUUCUCUCGCUCUCCUGUCUCUGCCCCUGUCUCUGCUGCGUGUCCAUUCUCUCCCUUUUACUUCUUUUCUCCUGAUCUUCUCGCCUUGCUGGAGAUCCGGUCCCCUCACUGUCUCCCAACCAAACCCCCCGUUACACCGUCCCCUUCGAAAUCACCAGCAACCUAAUCCACCAUGUCUUCUGCUGUCAACGCUAUUAAGAUCCGUCGGAAGAAGAAUGUUAAAAAGGGAAUUCAAUUCUGUCUGAUGGUCUGCGGUGCCAGUGGAACAGGCCGAACCACUUUUGUAAACACACUUUGCGGAAAGAAAGUUCUCCAAGGGAAAGAUGCCGACGACGCCCAAAAUGCCCACCUCGAGGAAGGCGUCCGUAUCAAACCCAUCACCGUUGAACUCGAACUGGACGAGGAGGGCACCCGCAUUUCGCUAACCAUCGUUGAUACCCCCGGUUUUGGUGACCAAAUUGACAACGAACAAAGCUUCUCAGAAAUCGUCGGAUAUCUCGAGCGUCAAUAUGAUGACAUCUUGGCUGAAGAAUCCAGGAUCAAGCGUAACCCCCGAUUCCGUGACAACCGUGUGCAUGCUUUGUUGUACUUUAUCACGCCAACUGGUCACGGUCUGCGAGAACUCGACAUUGAAUUGAUGAAGCGCCUUUCGCCCCGCGUCAACGUCAUCCCCGUCAUUGGCAAGGCUGACUCGCUAACACCCGCUGAAUUAGCAGAAUCGAAAAAGCUUGUUAUGGAGGAUAUUGAACACUACCGCAUCCCUGUGUACAAUUUCCCCUAUGACAUUGAAGAGGAUGAUGAAGAUACCGUCGAGGAGAACGCUGAGCUUCGAGGGCUCAUGCCCUUUGCGAUUGUUGGCUCAGAGGAUGUUCUAGAGAUUGGUGGCCGCAAAGUUCGUGCAAGACAAUAUCCAUGGGGUGUGGUCGAGGUUGAUAAUCCUCGUCACUCAGAUUUCUUGGCCAUUCGCAGUGCUCUGUUGCACAGCCAUCUUGCAGACUUGAAAGAAAUCACACACGACUUCCUGUACGAGAACUAUCGUACCGAGAAACUCAGCAAGAGCGUGGAGGGUGGCGCUGGAACUAACCAAGAUUCAUCCAUGAACCCUGAAGACCUUGCGUCUCAGUCCGUCCGCCUAAAGGAGGAGCAGCUUCGCCGAGAGGAGGAGAAACUCCGAGAGAUCGAGAUCAAGGUGCAACGCGAGAUUGAGCUUAAGCGACAGGAACUCCUUGCUCGUGAGAGUCAAUUGAAGGAGAUUGAAGCACGGAUGCAACGCGAGCACCACAACCACAUGCACCAGGAUGAAUUGAACGGCGAGGUCAACGCAUAAUAGGGUGGGAUGGGGAUACAAGUCAACGGCAACCGAAGACCCAACCAAAGCGAUGUGUGCUGAGUGGCUAGCGAUUUGAUACCGCUGAUAAUGAGACCUUUCCUAACAUAGCGAUGGCAACUGCAGAUGAGCGCGACCAAAACAUCUCUGAUAGUAGAAAGGAGGAGAGACCAAGAGAAGAAAUAGUCUCCUUAUGAAACCCUCUUGUUGGGUUUUAGUGCUUUGGCUUGGUUGGGGCUCAUUAUUUUUUAUUUUCUCCACUACACUUCUACCUCUAAUUUCACAACACAUUCGUUUCCGCUGACCCUGGCCCUAUCAAUUUUUGCCCAUCGAACCCGGCAAACAAGCUGAAAAAUAUAAAAAAUAGUUUGGGGAAAAGCUGAUAUACUUUCGCCUACCAGAUAUCACACCUUUUGUUCCUCUCUUAAUCCGCUCCCCUGGGUAUUCUUGCCGGCGCUUGUUCUUUCUUUCACAUUUCUUUUUCUUUCUUUCUCUCUGUCUUUUUUUUUUUUUAAUCCGUACCUUAUCUUCUUAUGCUGUCUUUUUUACAGAGAUUUUCUUUUCUUCUUUUCUAUUGUCCCCUUACCCUUACCCAGCUCUACUAUUUGCUCCUUUUUUAUCUCGCUCUGAAUACAGAUACUGAAUGACUAUUCCCAUAUUAGCCUUUCUUUUUACUCGCGUUUAUUUUUUCUCUCUAUUUUUUCUUUGUUUUUACCAUGUUCUUUUCCUUAUAUUUUUCCGUUUUAUUGAUUUAUUUUUUACCUUUUCUUAUUUGCUGUACCUCAUUUGGUUUAUUUUCCUUCCCAACUUGAAAGAGAGGGAAGGGGUGAAAGGGGGUGUAACGUGAAGAGGUGAGGGCGAAAUAGCAGAGUUAGCACGCUUUUAAUAUUCGAAUUGUAUUGUCAGUUUGUUUUUUUCCUUUUGCUUUACCUUGCUACAUUUCCUAUGUUUGUCUAACUCUUUACAUUACCCUAAGCGCUUCUCAUUGGUUGUUCUUUUGCUUGAUGUCCAAUCCCCCAUACCAAACCCCUAUUUCUCGACCUGGUCAGGCAGGCAUCUUUUGACCUCUCGCUCUUUUGCUUCAUUUCCUUUCUCUCAUUUCCCCCCUUACUUUUAUCCCUUCCAGCUCAUUUACCAGGUAUUCACCUCUCCUCAUGCCAUGCCAAGCCCUUUCGAGAAACUCGACAAUUUCCCCCUGCUACCCCUUUUUUGUUUUAUAUACAAUAAUACCCCCCAAUAUUCAAAAAGCUACUCCCGCAAUAUAUCUAUCAACUAACCUGUAGCGCCACUAUCAAUCCUCUUUAGCUGUUGUCACUAGUCCUGACCGACUUUUAUUCUCAUCUAGCCAGCCAAAUCGCAAUCAAGACAGUCUACUAUUAUACUCCUCACCCUAUCGCUACUAGGUUCUCUUACUAUUUCUUUUCAGAUAUACUUCCCCGCUGGCGUUUCCUCGGUGUCUCAGGGAUGAGUAGUAGCAAGAAUUGAAUAAACUUUGUUUUGUGGUCCA